UCGAAGACAAUACUUGCAUCCUAUGCAAUGUAACCAAGCCAAUAUCUUCACAUACAAAAACGACUGCAUCAAAUAUAAAAUCUACCAGUGCAACUACAACCGAACAACUUAAAACAACUAGAAGUACAACAUUGUUAGAUAUUUCUGCAACCACAGUAUAUUCUUUUGAAGAAAAGAUGAAUCAAGUUUCUACAACCGCAAAACCUUCUCCUAGAACAUCUACAACCGAGAAAGCUCAGCACCAAAGUAGCACAGAAUUUAUGUGUGAAAUUUGUAAUGUUACGAAGUCACUGAAAUCAUCUACAGUAUCUACCGAAUCGUCCACGAAAUCAUCAUCAAAAGAAACUGAAAAAUGGACGACAUCAUCAGCAAUUAAAGAGUCACAACAAACAAGUGAAGCAACGACUACCUCUACUAGUUUAUCUGAACUUAUAACAACAGCAGAAACUACAAUAUCCUCGCAAAGUGAAUCAAAACAUCAAGAAUUAGAUGAAACCCAUGAGAAAGAUAACCAAAAAUCAGAUAAAACUAAUUUCAACAACAAUAAAUAUGGAGAAAAUGAUGAUGUAACUACAAUUGUCAGCACGAAAAGUACGAUAGAACCAUCUACUGUUCAAAGUUCAAGUGUGAAUUCAGAUAUUAUAUCUGAAGAACAUACCAUUCAUGGAGCUAAUGAUCAUACAGAGCAAAAAGAAAAUGAAAAUCAGGAACACGAAGAAAAUUCAGACGAUCGUCAAAAGGAGAGCAUGAAGCCUAUUACGCAUUCAACAUUACAUCCGUCAAGUGUUCACGAAGAAUACGUUACAGACGAUGGUAAUAAGCAAGAAGAGUUUAAAUCUGAACAACAUACAAAUCACGACUAUGAUAAUACGACAAUAGAACAAUCUGAACACAAAACCCAAGAACAAAAUGAACAUGACAAGAAUGAAGAACCUAGCACACAUAGCUCUACUGAACAGGAACAUAAAUCUGAAGAACAAACUGAGCAUAUAACACAUGAACAAAUGAAAGAACAUGAGCAUAAAGAACAUGAGGAGAAGGAAGAACCUGGUUUACAUCAGACAACUGAAAAAGAAGAACAUGAAACCGAAGAACAAGCUGAGCAUGUAACACAUCAAGAAAACAAGGAACAUAAAGAACAUGAAGAGAAGGAAGAAUCUGUCCCACAUCACCCAACUGAACAAGAAGAACAUAAAUCCGAAGAACAAACUGAGCAUGUAACACAUGAGGAAAACAAGGAACAUGAGCAUGAAGUACAUAAAGAAAAGGAAGAAUCUAGUACACAUAGCUCAACUGAAGAAGAACAUAAAGAACAUGAAGAGAAUGAAAAACCUGAUUCACAUCACUUAACUGAACAAGAUGAGCAUAAGUCUGAUGAACAAACUGAGCACGUAACACAUGAACAAACAAAGGAGCGCGAGCAUGAAGAACAUACAGAUCAUGGCAACAAGGAAGAACAUGCCUCACAUCAUCUAACUGAACAAGGGGAUCAUAAAUCUGAAGAACAUACAGAACAUGAAUUAAAGGAAAAACCUGGUUCACACCAUCUAACUGAACAAGGAGACCAUAAGGCUGAAGAACAUACUGAGAACGUCACACAUGAACAAACCAAAGAAUAUGAGCAUGAAGGUGAUACGAAACAUAAAUCCGAAGAACAAACUGAACAUGUAACACAUGAGGGAAACAAGGAACAUGAGCAUGAAGAGCAGACAAAACAUGAAGAGAAGGAACAACCUGGACCACAUCACCCAACUGAAAAAGAAGAACAAACUGCUCACAUAACACAUGAACAAAGCAAAGAACAUACAGAACAUGAAGAGAAAGAAGAGCCUGGCUCACAUCACCCAAGUGAACAAGAAGAGCAUAAGCCUGAAGAACACACUGAGCAAGUAACACAUGAACAACCAAAAGAACAUGAGCAUGAAGAACACACAGAUCAUGAAGAUAGAGAAGAACUUAGCUCACAUCACCCUAAUGAACAAGAAGAACAUAAAUCCGAAGAACAUACUCAGCAUGUAACACAUGAAGUAAACAUGGAACAUGAACAUGAAGAACAUACACAACAUGAAGAAAAGGAAGAAUCUCGCUCACAUCACCAAGAAGAACAUAAAUCCGAAGAACAAACUGAGCACGUUACACAUGAAGAAAGCAAGGAACAUGAGCAUAAAGAACAUACAAAACAAGAAGAAAAGGAAGAUAAAGGUUCACAUCACCUAACUGAACAAGAAGAGCAUAAAUCUGAAGAACACACUGAGCACGUAACAAAUGAGCAAACUAAGGAAAAAGAGCAUGAAGAACAUACAGAACACGAAGAACAUCAAGGUAGCGCAGAGCAUGGGCCUCAUACUCAAUCUACGGUAGCACCAUCUACUGUUCAUGAAAUAUAUAUUUCUGAAGACAAUACAGAACAUGGCACUAAUGAAAAUACAGAAAAUCCUGUUGAGUAUACAAAAUAUGAAGGGAAGGAAAAAUCAGGGUCUCAUCAUCCAACUGAACACGAAGAAUCAAAAUCUGAAGAACAGACUGAGAACGUAACACACAAUGAAAUCAAGGAACAUGAGCAUGAAGAACAUAAAGAAAAAGAAGAAUCUAGUUCACAUCACCCAACUGUACAAAAAGAACAUACAGAAUAUGAGGAUAAAGAAGAACCUGGCUCACAUCAUCCAACUGAACAAGAAGAACAUAAAUCCGAAGAACAAACUGAGCACGUGACACAUGAGGAAAACAAAGAACAUGAGCAUGAAGAACAUGCAGAACAUGAAGAGAAGGAAGAAUCUGUCUCACAUCACCCAACUGAGCAAGAAGAACAUAAAUCCGAAGAACAUACUGAGCAUGUAACAGAUGAGGAAACCAAGAAACAUGAGCAUGAAGAAAAUACAGAACAUAAAGAAAAUGAAGAAUCUAGCUCACAUAACACAACUAUACAAACAGAACAUACAGAACAUGAAGAGAAAGAAUUACCUGGCUCACAUCAUCCAACUGAACAAGAAGAACAUAAAUCCGAAGAACAGACUGAGCAUGUAACACAUGAGGAAAACAAAGCAUAUGAGCAUGAAGAACAUACGGAACAUAAAGAAAAAGAAGAAUCUAGCUCACAUCACCCAACUGAACAAGAAGAACAUACAGAACAUGAAGAAAAAGAAGAACCUGGCUCACAGCUCCCAAAUGAACAAGAACAUAUAACCAAAGAACAGACUGAGCAUGUAACACACGAGGAAAACAAAGAACAUGAUCAUGAACAACAUACAGAACAUGAAGAGAAGGAAGAACCCGGCUCACAACACCCAACUGAACAAGAAGAACAUAAAUCUGAAGAACAGACUGAGCAUGAAACACAUGAGGAAAUUAAGGAACAUGAGCAUGAAGAACAUACAGAACAAAAAGAAAAGGAAGAAUCUAGCUCACAUCACCCAACUGAACAAGAAGAACAUAAAUCCGAAGAACAAACUGAGCACAAAACACAUGAGGAAAACAAAGAACAUGAGCAUGAAGAACAUACAGAACAUGAAGAAACGAAAGAACCUGGCUCACAUAACCCAACUGAACAAGAAGAACACAAAUCCGAAGAAAAAAAUGACCAUGUAACACAUGAGGACAACAAAGAACAUGAGGAUGAAGAACAUGAAGAGAAGGAAGAAUCUGUCUCACAUCAACCAACUGAGCAAGAAGAACAUAAAUCCGAAGAACAUACUGAGCAUGUAACACAUGAGGAAAACAAGGUAUUCUUCCUUCUCUUUAUGUUCUGUAUGUUCUUCAUGCUCAUGUUCCAUCUGUUCCUCAUGUGUUACAUGCUCAGUUUGUUCUUCGGAUUUAUGUUCUUCUUGUUCAGUUGGGUGAUGUGA